AUGGCUCCAUUACAAAUGUCGUUUUUCUUCAUGGUCAUUAUGUCAGCAGGAUUCGGAGGUCCCUCAUCGACACCGCAGACGAAUAUCUGGUGGUUUGGACUACGGAAACCUCUGUGUCCAUUCCUUUUGGAUAAAUGUCCCUCACUAAGGACAUAUGCGAAUGUCAGCUAUAGAGUUGGCGGAAGGAAUCGAGCUGAAAAUGAGCAAGAAAACGGUGAAGAGCGUCAGGCGGUGAUAGCCGAUGAGAAUGAAGAACGUGACGAGGCGGAUGUGAUGGUGAGGAAUCCGAAUCCUCCGAGACCGAGAGUUGAAGAGAAGACACGUGGAAGCGGUGGAUCACAGACGAGUUCACAAGGAAGUCAGAGUGGACAAGACGGGCAGAAUCCAAUCGAACAAAUCGCCUCCUCAUCAGCAGCAAUUCAACGAGCAAUGGCUCAAUACAAGAAUGAAUACGGAUACCAUUGGCAUGGCGAUAUCUCUCAACCCGAUUGA